ACCUGCUGGCAGCUGCUCUUGACGAGGCGGUGCUGGGUUUUUUGGAUCCUGAAAAUGAACUUCGGGAGGAUUUUCCUAGUCAAGUGCUUGCUGCUUUUGUUUCCCAAAGCAAAAUGCACCAGUACCAUAAAUAUUUACAAGGCAGUGAAUGAGACGGCUCUACUCAAUUUCACUGCUGAAAACAUGCAUGAGACAGUGUGGAGCAGAGGCAACGAGAAGCUGCUUCAGAUAAAAGACAAAAAAAUUAAAUAUUACGUGGAGAAGACACGGUGUAGGUGCAAGGUGCUCCUCAAUGGGACUCUCCGAAUAGAGCGGCUGGUGAAAGAAGACAGUGGGAUAUACAAGGUGUCUGCUUAUGACAAGAACGGAAAGCUGAAGGCAGAUGAAACAGUAGUACUCAUCGUUUUGGAGCCUGUCCCUCAGCCAAUCCUCAGUGCUGAAUGCAUUAAUAAAACCCUAUACGUGAAAUGUACAGUGAAGAAGACUGAGGACCAAGUGUUUACGAUAGAAUUGACUCAAGAUAAAAUCAACAAAUCACAAACGAAUGUAACGGAGGUGGAAUUUACUACUCGGCACAGUGGAAGAUACAGAUGUCUUGUUAAGAACCAAGUCAGCAAAAAAACAACUGAGAAGGAAAUCAAGUGUCCAGGUCAGCUGGACCUCUAUCUCAUCUUGUGCAUAGCAGGAGGUGCAGUAUUCUUUGUUGUCUUUGUGAUUUUGCUUAUUUAUUGCAUCAGGAAGAAAAAAGCAGAUAGGCUUGAAGAUGAUGAUGAGGAAAGGCUGCAGAUCCACCAGGUGGACACAGAGAUGGCGAUGCGGAAGCUCCCUCAACCUCCAUCCAACCCUACCCCGCAGCAGAGACCUCUGCCACAGCCACAUGCACAGCAGCAAGCAGUGCCCCCACGGCCCAAGCCGCGCACCCAGCUACAGGCCCAGAGCCAGCUGAGAGAGAGGCACUGAGCACCUGCCCUGGGGGAUGGAGGGCUCUUUCUUAUGGAAUAAGAAAGCUUACAAUGGUCAGGAACUCCUCCCACCCAGGCUUGUGUAGCACUCAGCUAUGGAGUUGCAGAAGAUCAGGGAGAGCAUCAAGUAACUGGAGUUGAAGAAACACAGUGGAGGAGGCUGAAGAUGAUGAGACCUGGGACUCUUUUUUUUUUUUCUUCAGGUGACUCUAUGCUAAGGUAUAGAGCACCGACACCUGCAUCCUUCUGUGGUUCACUUGUUUUCACUGCACCUUGUUUUGCUUUCUGGAUCGGUUAUAUCAAAGUGAGAGCCUUACUGAGACAACAUGGGCUUGCGGAUCUUAUCUGGUUUUGUCACAUAGCUUUUCAUUCUCUUGCUGUGCAUUAGAACAGCCCUCUGGUUUCAGCAUCAGAUGCAUGAUCUCCUAAACAGAACAAUUAUUUGUAUGUAAUUAACCACUGUUGGCAGAAUUGGUGCUGUCCAACACAGAGGAUGACAAACCGAAAGGAGAUGUGACAGACUUGAAGCAUGCAUGUGUGAAAAAUGUAAGGGGGAAGGAGUAUAUCCUUCAUUUUCUCUACUGUUUCAGCUCAGUUCCUGUGCUUCUUCACUGGCAAGUGAAAUGAAACUAUUUUCCCUAUAGAUCUGUUUGGCUAGUUGGGUAGUUUUGUGGAUUUUCUUUCUUUUUGUCACAGAAAAGGUCUGGUAUACGCUGGCUCCUAGAGUUAGUAUUUCAAACUGCCAAGCAGCCUCCUUAACAAUACUGUUGUCUGAAUUGACGUGGCUUCCACAACCAGGCCACCUGUCUGAGUGACCAAGCUCCCUGAUUUUGCUGGUAAGCACCUCAUGAUUGCUGCUGAGUACCAGGUAAUUACAGAAAACUGCUGAGAGGCCUCACUCUCCUGAAGGCAGAGGUGCAUGCCUGGACUGCAAUAACUAAUCCUGCAUCACUCUCCAAGUUCUGGACAAACACUCCUUGCUCCUCUGGCCUUUGGGAAUGUUUACAACUGGCUCUAUGAGACAUCUGAGGAGCUAAGAGAGGACAUGCCUUCCUGGAGCAAUGUCCGAAUGGAUAAACUGGUCCAACUGGUGUGAAAGUCAGCAGAGGUGGAGAAGGGGAGAGCUGUCAGUCACAGAGUGCAGGAUAUCCAGACAGCAUUUUGUUGCAAUAGGCAGAAGGAUGUGCGGUAUGCCUCUCAGAGCUGACUCUCCUGUGUGUACCAUGGCAGUUAAAUGGCCUUCUUUUUGUUUCUCCUCAGAAAUGCAACUGUUUAUCUUCUGAUAUGAGGGUGAAGGAGUAACUCAGGGAGAGAAGGGUCUCUAUCUCUUCCAGAGCUCAGUCACUUUGCUUGAGCUCCGGAGGGGGCACAGUGAUGGGAGGGUCGCUUGUUCUUCUGCAGCUUGUUUUAAGGUUUUUACUACUUAGAAUUGCAUUUGGUAAACAUUUAAUGGUUUACUUUUGUAAUAUAAGCGUGUCCCUGCAGUGGAUGAAUAAAGAUAAGAGUGGGUGACAAGGGCUUCAGCUCAUACCUGUGCUGGGAUCCCAUUGAAAUCUCCCUGUGGUACAGAGAAGAUAGGAAAAAACGCUCUGGUCCAUGAGCCACAGGAAGCUGGAUGUGGAAGGUGUCACAGAUCCCUGGGAGGUACUGUCUGUUAUGUACUGGUUCUUCUUAUGACAUCACUGCCACAGUGCCUUCUGUGCCAUGGGCUUAACAGACCUGCAGCAAUGCUUUCGAGGUGCUCCUUCCUCAUGGGACUUGCUCAGCUUCUGUCAUGUUGGCUAGGCCGAUGGGCCUGGCACCUCUGGUUACUUGGUAGGCAUCUGUAACUCUGUUCCUUAUGUCUGGUGUCUUUUUUUAGCCCAUGGGGAUGGCUGUGCAGAACCUGGGGCAUAGCCAAACCACUGUGCUGGCAGCUCCCUGGUAAGCAGCCCUGCAAAAUGCUGCCAGCUAUUCUUGCAGCCUGGCGUCUGUGCUGUAGUUGAGGUCAACAGCAGAGCAGGAACACUACUUGAAGUGUCCCGCUAGCCUGUGUCCUCUGCCUGAUUCCUCUUGCUGGUUUCUGGAUUACUAGGCAGGGAAGUUCUCUGUGCUGUGAUCCUAGCCGCAGCAGACAUUGGUACUACAGGGUUUGGUUUCGAAUCCUCAUUCUCUUCCUUAGCCAAGAGAGCCACAGUACCGCAUUCAGCCUGAGGGUGGGCAGCAUUCCAUGUUCUGUCCCCUUAAAGCACGAAAUUCUCCCAGGCUCCCUCCCCACUGCUGCCCUUCUCUCACUGGGGCUGAUACUGAGGUGAUGCUUGCCACAGCACCAUACACUGGGGCAGCUGAGGCAGUGCAAGGGGCUGCUGGCCCAGCAGCAGUAUAUGUUGGUUCUUUAGGCAAGGGACUGAAGCAGGAAGCAACUCUCUUGAGUGGGAGGCAAGAAGCUUUUCUGCUCUUGGCUACAGAAUCGGGUGAAACCCUACCUGUGAGGCCAGGCUCCAAACCAUGCUGUGACCCUUCUGGGCUGCAUCAAAAGAAGCAUGGCCAACAGGCUGAGGGAGGUGAUCCUGCCCUUCUACUCUGCUCAGGUGAGACCUCAGCUGGAGUGCUGCAUCCAGAUGUGGAGUCCUCCAUGCAGGAGAGGCAUGGAUGUGUUGGAGUGUGUCCAGAAAAGGGUCACAAAAAGGAUCCUAGGGAUGAAAUGCCUCCCUUACAAGGACAGGCUGAGAGAGCUGGGGCUGUUCAGCCUGAAGAAGAAAAGGCUUGGGAGACCUAGUAGCAGCCUUUCAGUAUCAAAAGGGGGUCUGUAAGAAAGAAGAGGACAGGCUCCUUAGCAAGGUCUGUGGUGACAGGACAAGGGGAAAUGGUUUCAAACUAAAAGAGGGAAGAUUUAGACUAGAUGUAAGGAAAGAAGUCUUUUACAACACGGGUGGUGAGGCAUUGAAAUGGGUAGCUCAGAGAAGUGGUAGAUGCAUGGCUCCUGUCCCAGGGACAAGGCUGCCAGCUGAUACCCGCCACAGUGGGUACAAGUGAAGUGGCAUGCAUCUCAGUGCUGCCCUUCAUUUUGUUGCUGCAACUCUGGGUGUUUUUGGCCUUGCUGCAGUCCACCGAGGUCUCCUCUGGGGUGUCAGGCUUUCCAGCCAAAUUUCUCAGUUAGGUGCUGAGGGGCUCUGAGCCAAGAAAAUGAGCUGAAUGUUGACCUGUUGGGUGGAGUUGCAUGAAAAUACAGCAUGGGUAGUAGACACAGGACUAUGAGCACAAAGUACCCCACACAACAGGAGUCUCUUCAGGGCAGUGCUUAUGUUAGCUUCAGUCACUUUCUUUAGUAAUCACUGCUGUUUUUAUGAUUUCUCAUGUUUGUUUCGAUGUACUGUAACAGGAUAUUUGUACAUUCCCAAGUUCUAUUUGAUGCCUCUGAGAAAAGUCAGCAAUUUUUCUUAACAUUUGUCACAGAGCAUUCAUGUCUUAGGUUUUUGUGCUGCAGAGGGUGUAUCAGUUCUGGAAAAUAGCUGACAUUGAGACCUAAGAAAUAACAGGAAGUGCUCAGCUCUGAUGAUGCUUGCUGCAGCCUUCCCUGGUUCUUCCAUAGACAUGUCUAUCAGUGAAUCAUUCCAGAUAGAGGUUUUUCCCCAUUCUUCCUAUGAAAGAUGAGUCAAGAGGGCUGAUGUGCCAAGCUGUACUCUGCAAAGACACUGAUCUGAACUCCCUGGCAUGAGGGAUGCAUGUGUUGUCUGGGUGUUAGCAGGAGUCAGCUUUGGUUGGUGAUGGAGAACAAGAACCAGUACUGAAAGUAAUGGGAGGAAAGUACAACCCCAUGCUCAGAGCAGUGUGGUUAUUGUUGUGCUCCUGCAGUAUUCACCAGCUCUGCAGUCUGAAUAGGCACCCAGAAAACUAGUGGUUGGCCCUUGUGUGUCCAAUCCCUAUUUUAGGCUGCUUGGCGUGAGCAGCACUUGCUGCCUAAACUUAGGCUUUGCAGUAGAGUAUAUGAGUCCUUGGCAAGUGCCAGGGGGCUCCUGCUUCUAGCACAGGCAGGACUGGAGCCAGUCAGAUAAUUUCAAUCCUAAAAUGGAACUUCGAGCCUGUAAAAUGUCACAUAGGAGCCUGUGGCUGGUAAAUGUCUUUCUUUGGCAUGCUUUUAAAAAUAAUGCCAUGAGGGGAAAAGGCAUCCCCCAUCCUGCAUCAAAUCCUCAGGCUCAGAUAUGGUGAUCAACCUCAGCUGGGACUGUCUUGCCUACCAGCCCUCUUCUCUAUUCUGAUGAAUAAAGCUUCUCAGCUUCAGCUGUGCUGAAACCUCACAGCAGGCUCAAGAAAUGCUGAAUUUGUCUUUGAAACUAUAGUUCUCUGUGGAGUGUGCCAUGGAUGAUAGGUCAGAGCAGAGCUCAACCUUUGGUAGGCAAAGCUCUGCAAAUACUACUUGCAAGUGCUGGCUGUGCAAGUGGGAUGUCAGAUGUAGACAAAAUAAGGACAGAGAAAUGCCUCAAGUGGAUGUUUGGUUUCUGCCUGCUGCUGUAAGCAACACCAGCCUCAAUACCACCCCAUUACCUCAUGUGCCUUUGAUCUGGGUGACAUUGUUAGAUGGUGUCUGUCUCCAUUACCUCAGAAAUGCAGGUUUUAAGGUUGCAGGAAGAGAGAACCCCACAACAAAGAAGCCCUCCACACAGCAGCACUCGUUGGCCACAUUUUCCACACUUUCUCUGCCUGUGUUCUAAGAGAAGGAAGGCAUUUCACACUGCUGCCCUCCCACACAAAUACCCACUUUCUCUCUAUGCCCUUCUUGGUGUCCCAGGGUAGGUAGGUGAGCAGGCACGGGGGGACUGUGGGGGUACAAGUAACAACUCAGAAAUCAAACAGCCUGUUUGCAGCCCGAUGUGCAUCUGUGAGCUGCCUCCUCCUCCCUGGUGAGGUGAAACAGGCAGUGAGGCCCUCAAGCUGGGAUACCUGGGCCUGCUGCUGAAUGUUACGCCUGCUGGGACAGGCUGGGACUUCUGUGGUGGACUACCCAGCUCAGACACAUCUUUCUUCCUCUGCCAGAUGCGAGGUGAGGUUUCCCAUCAAGGAAGGGAAUGAAGUAGAGGUAUGAAGCUUUGUUAGUGAGUUUCUACAUAUGGCAUCACUGUAGCUGUGCUUUAUUCCAUUUCCAGUCUCCUGGAGGUGUUACGGCUGCUCAGUGAACCACCUGAGGGAGCUGUGUCUCUGAGAAUGGCUGUAUGGCUGCAGGCUCUGCCGCUGACAGGCAUGCAAGGCUGGGAUGACUGCAAGGCUGAUGUGCUGCGGGCACUGUUGGUGCUAAAUCACCAAUUUUAUGUGGCUUCACUGUGAUUUCAGUGGCCAGUGCAAACAAAUCACUGAAUGAGGAUGUGGAGGAUGUGGUUCCUAUUGCAGGGGAAAUGCCCAUAUCUCAGACCCAAAAUUCAAACAGAAAACCUCUGACGCCCUUUUGCUAAGCUUACGGUUUCUAUAGACUGUUUUUGCUAUUUUAAAAAAGAAGAAGAGCUUAACCAAAAGCCAGCCACUGCAAAGAGGAACUGAGCAGCAUGAAGUCUUUAAAAAAAAAAAAACACUGGAAGGAAGGAAAUGUGUCUGUACAGAAAGUGAUUUGUAAGGAGCCUUUAGGCCCAGCAGUGGAAAUUCUGCAUAUUGGAGGAGCUGGGAGGAACUGAAGGCCCUCCAAAGAAAAGUCUGUUCAAUAAGCUAAGUGUUUCUGCUAGGUUAGGGCACUGGGUUGGCCUGUGAUAGAGGAGAAGGGUGCUGGAUGACCAUGUAAGAAAAAGCAGUUCAGCUUUAGAAAAGCCACCAAACUGCUGAAGUGCCACAGGUGAUGCCAGGGUUAGAGGGGAUGUCAAGAAGAGAGGAGAGGCAUCUCAAAAUGGCAGCCAAGGAAGAAACCAGUGAGUCCCCUUUCUCUCAAAGCAUCUGUGCUAGAGAAGAACAGUGACAGAGCACCUGAGGUAAGUGCAGCUUUGAUGUCUUAUCUAGAGAUGGAAAAACUGCACUGCUUCUAUUGGGCACCAAAGCAGCUGUCUCAACUGACUCAACAUACGUGUGCACAUGAUAGUUAUGAGAACUGUCAGUCCUUUCCCUCUCUGGAAGCUUUUAAGGACAGACACUUCUAAAGCCCUUGUAAGAAACAGUUCAGAAGAAUGGUUUACAAGCCCAGACUGAUCAGAUGGGAAACAAAAGCUCUACUUCUCCAAGAUAUUUAAAAAACAAAACAAAACAACGCUGCAGUAGCUAAAUGGGAUGGAAUAAAUGACACAGAUGAUGCUUUUCUGUGGUAUGUCUGCAGCUUGGCCCAGCACUGCAGAAAGCACAGGUCAUCUGUGGGCUGGAGCUGGGGACAGGCACGGUGGCAUGAGCCUGACAGACUUGGCCAAUCUCUCACAUUGGACCUGGCUGCUCUGCAUCUUCUCUCAGCAUAAAGCAUUAUGCAGCACAUGAGGAGCAAUCAGAUGUUCUCCUGUAGCAGUCUUGGAAGCAGACACUUGCCUGCAAAGCCAUGUGGCUACCAGCCCUGAAAUCAGCCCACGGAUCUCUGCCAUGUGGCAGCAUCGGUAAAGUGAGCUUAAAGACCCACAGGGUAAGCUGGUAGAUACAAACCAGAGUAGGCCAGGAUUGAUGCCCUCCCUGAAACAUGCCUCUGAAUCUCUUCCUGGUCUUCGGUUCAGAGACAUUAAUGAAUCACUGAGUUGUAGAAUCAUAGAAUGGCUUGGGUUGGAAGGGACCUCAAGGAUCACUGAGUUCUGACCUCCCUGCCACAGGCAGCGUUGCCAGUUAGUAGAUCAAAUGCUAGAUCUGAUUGCCCAGGGCCCCAUCCCACCUGGCUUUAAACACUUCCAGGGACAGGGCAUCCAUAACUUCUCUGGGCAACCUGUUGCAGCACCUCACCACUCAGUAAAAAUCUUCCCCAACAUCUAAUCUAAAUCUCCCUUUCUCUAGUUCAAAAUUAUUCCCCUUUGUCCUAUCGCUAUUUCCCUGUGUAAAAAGUUAGUUUCCCUCAUGUUUAUAAACUCCCUUUCAAUACUGGAAGGCCUCAGUGAGGUCUCCCUGCAGCCUGGAGCUGGGGGGAGAGGAGAGGAGAGGAGAGGAGAGGAGGGCUGUUGGCACAAGGUGUGGGAUUUUGGCUGCCCUCUCCCAUUGGUGGCCAAGGCCUCUACCUUAGGUAGUGAGCAGCAUGGCAGGAGGAAGGCUCUCAGCCAUCUUCAGGGGUGGGAGAUGGAGGCAGCAUGGUGCUGGUGGUGGUGGGAGUGUGUGCACACCACAUGUGGGUGCUGUCACCUAGUGGGGCAAUGGGAGUGUGGCACUGCUGGGGCUCUGGGCCCUUUUCGCUGCCUGACAUCAGUCUACUACUUUCCGUUCACGCUCUGUUACAAGCAGGUCCAGGUUUCCUUUUCCCACCUUGUCGCUGCUCAGACACGUUCUGCCACUUACACAACAGGAGGCAAACCUCCCUGCUGGAGGCCCCAAACUUUCCCGCUGGGCACAGGGACAUGACUUGUCUUCAGGAAGGCAAAGGCUUUGUGAGAGAAGCAGUGCUUGGAGGCAUUCCAGGCUGAGCGACAGUGGAAGGCUAUGCUAUGGAACUCUCUGCUAUGAAAGCUGGAACACGAGCCACAGCCCAGGCAGCGAAACAGCCAAAAGCAGCUUCCCUGAUGGGAAACAUAGGCAUGGUUUUGUUUUUAAGGAUGCGAAGAUUUCUUAGUUGUGUUUUAAAUACUUGGACGAGGUUGAAAUCCUCCAUUUUUUUUUCUGUCUCUGAAAUGCCUGCUUAUGUGUGAGGGAGAGUGAUCUUGGCUGGUGUCCAUAAGGAGACAUGGUUAUGAAGGUGUGUCUCUGCUGGCCUUAUUUCUGCUGUCCUUCUCUAUCCUCCCCCAGUAGCUCUUUCCUUCCCUUCCCUUCCCUUCCCUUCGGAUUGACCUGCAGGCUACAUCUGCUUAAGUACAUUCAGUAUUUGCUUUCCAAAAGGCUCCUGGCUUAAUUUUUCUCAUUCUCUUUGCUGUGUAAAGAGCUUCCAUGCGUGGGCAGGAUGCGAGGAGAGACUUCAAAAAGGCCACAAGAGGGCACCUGGAAACAACGGUUUUGUUCAUCACGGCUGUGUCCGCUCUUGGGCUCUUCCCUCUUUUCUUUUUUUUUUUUCGCCUUUUUUUUUUUUUUUCCUUUAUUUUUCUUCUUCUUUUUUUUUCUUUACACAGACGCAGAGAGCCGUUUUCGUCUUCCUGCGACCUUGCUGCUUUGUGGCAGGAAAGGUGAGCACAAAGCCAGGCGCUGUGUGCAGGCAGCAACGGGCUGCCCCCCACCAUUCCCCAGCUGCCCCUCAUCCUCUGCCUGCUCUGAGCCCCUGUUGCACACAGGCACGUGCCUGCCAGGAGCACCGUUCUUGCCUACAAAAUACACACGUGCGUGCUCGUGCAUUGCAGCCACACAGCAAAAGCAGCAACUCUAGCAGCAAACCCAGUCGUGUUCAUGUUCGUUUCUUUUUUUUCUCCUGAAAAGCUCCCUGAAACAUGCAGACUUCAGUGAAACAACACCUGUGUGCAAACCGCAGUGGGGGUCGGAGCAAGGAAAGAAAGCCCCAUCUCAGCAAGCAAGAACGUCAGGUUAAAAGCAGCACCAGGCUUGGCUGUCUUUUUGAGACACCACUGCACGCUGGCUCUGUUUGAGCCGAUGCUGGUUGAAUGUGGCUGCUUGAAAAGCUUCAUCUUCAGAAAGCUGAAGGCAUUGUGCCAGAGAUCCCGCACAUCAGGCUUCAAACCCAAGCUGUCAGGAUUGGGAAAUUUACAGAGCUCAGCUGCACCGAGGGACAGCUGGGUGCAACGCCGAUCUAAUCCAGAUUAUAAAGCUCCUGGGGUUUGCUCAGAGGGAAUUUCGAUGCGUGCAGUCACAGCAUAGCACCCCUGCCGCGAUUCUUUUCUGGCAGUAUGAGCAUCCGUGGUCUUUCCCCAUCUCACGUGUGCAGAUGUGUGCUCUUUCCAUCGUUUCCUCCUUGCUUCUCAUGGGAGCUUGCAGAUUCAAGCAUGAAAUCUGUACAAACAAAUGCUUUUUACA